AUGUUGUCGUUUUGUCCAAACUGUGCUAACAUGCUUCUCAUCUCACAAGCAGAUGAUGGCUGCAAUAGAUUUUACUGCCCCACCUGUCCCUAUGAAUUUAAAAUAAAUGGAUUCCAAAUGUAUGAUAGGAAGAUGCUCUCGAGAAAGGAAGUAGACGAUGUUUUGGGAGGAGAUGGAGCUUGGGACUUGGUCGAUCAGACUGCUGCCCAGUGCCCCAUCGAUUCGUGCGGUGGUGAUAAGGCAUAUUUUUUCCAGUUACAGAUCAGAUCUGCGGAUGAACCAAUGACCACAUUCUACAAAUGUGUUAAAUGUUCACACCAAUGGAGAGAAAAUUAG